CGCGAUGAAGGCACCCCACUCCCAGUUCCUUCUCACCGACUAACUACUAGUGAAUGGCGGAGCGGCCUCCAUCUCUCAUCUAGCUAAUGACUCCCUCUCUACGGCUCUUCCAGCUCGUAUUCUGUUUUUCACGACUUUCCUCACCUUCCUUGAGUGCAUUUGAAGGCCUAGGACUGCACCACAAAUUUGACACCUCGUCAACGGACCUUCACGACUUUCUUUAAAUAAUCAUUCCAAGGUGUCUUGACCAACUAGUGACAGAAGGUUAUACUCUUCAACUAAUGCGGACAACACUUCGAGCAAACGUUCAAGGACCUAUCGCCAUGGCGGCAACUGCAGGCACGUCCGGUUCCGGUGAGCCUGAUAUGGCUCUCGUAGGUGAGCUAUUCGAAGAAAUGUCUCGACAUCCACCUGCAAUCCAGGCAAGGAAGCUACUUGUGGAGCACUAUAUCUCCGUAGGUUGGUUAGACGCCGCUAUGGAAAAUGCAAAAGAGUUGAAGAAGCUAGCUCCAAGAGAUGCCGAUGUCACUGGAUUCAUGGAUAUCCUCAACAAGAAGCCGGAACCUCCAGUGACAGUAACAGAAUCCGCGCCGGCCAAAUCUGCACCGAAGCCAGCGCCGCCAUCAGUGCCCAUCAAGAGGAAGCCUAUACCCGUGCAACUACCCGCCAACCUGGAACACGCAAAGAAAGACCUAGAGGAAGGCUACAAGACAUUGCGGGACAAGGCUAAAUUCCUAAUAGUGGAUCUGUUGCAUCUACAAGCACUCCAGAAGAAGCAAGGACUACCCCAGUCAAAAAACUUUGGACAGAUUCAAGGCAUUGUCGACGGGCGAAGCUCUAGUGCUGUUGUUAAGGCCCAUGCUCCUGGUAGCGCAAGAUCAGUGGCGCGGCUUAUCCAGGCAGAACCGGAGAAGGCAACCGAGCUCACCAUCAGCGAUCUGGAGGGGAUGAUGGACUGGAUACGAGCACCUCACGGCAAGGCUUCCGGCAAAGACAAUGAUGCAAUUCGGGAUGCACUCGCUAAGCGUGUACAUGCAUUGGAGUCAGCCCUGCCCGAAGGACUCAAGGUUCAUCCAGAGAUUGCACUCAUGCAUAUCGAACAUGAGUUCUUGAAGACGAAGAACUACGUCAAUGAUGAGACUAUGCUAGGUGAUGCUAUAAUCGACAUCCCAAGGGAGAACUUUUGGGUCACAGAAGAUGGCUAUGCAUGGGAUAUGGAUGAACUUGCCCAGGCCAUCAAGGCAAACGGCGGCGUGAUGCGUAACCCUCUUAGCAGACAGAUGUUUACGCCGAAAGAUAUCCGAGGGAUAGUUUCCCAUCCAGAAGGCAGACAGUUAGCAGCCUUGCAGGUUCAGCAGCAUGAGAUGUCAAAAGGAGUACGGCCUGCAACGAUCGAGCAUUUGGAGAAACUGGGCAAGAUCCUGCUCGAGGAUCAAUCAAGCGACCAACUACCUAGUCGCCAUGCGAUUGACGAGUUUAUGGCAUAUUGCGCAACAUUACCUGAGGCAGAACAGAAGUGUAUGGAUGGGCUAAAAUGUCCCGCCAAAGACAGUCACACCGGUCAGGCAUAUGACUUCACCAUUGGAGAGGCCGUGCGGGAUGCCAAAGGCAACAGAGUGUGUUUCCACAAGACUGGAGACUUCAUACAGCAAGCAGCCCGCCAUCUCCGCCAGAAUCGAGGCGCACCCCCGGAUCCAGAGAAGUGUGCAGUGAUGUAAUGAUUCAUAUCCGGUCAAACUAGGUGUUAGGGAGAGCGGCCAGUUAAUCAAGACCGCUAAGAUCGUAUAGAUACCAUUAUACUGCAUAUUACUUCACGUGCUCCAAGUAGGAGCAGGAUUCCAUGUAUUCCGCUUCGACACCCAAUCCUGAUUGGAACACGGUUUUUCAUAUGGCCUCUAAUCUUAGUUCACCUGAGACAUAAGCUGUGGGAUCCAUGGUGCACAGCUCAAAUUCGCAAUGCUUUUGGUGAGAAAAACGAAAAGGGCGCAAGAAAGGGCCAAGACACCGGCUCUUUUUCCUGCUUUCG